GUAUACUGUCUGUCGGGUGUACAGUGGGUGUUGUUUCGUGGCAGCACUGAAGAUGGGCGGACUUUAAGAGCAGCCAGGAAAAGACAGGACAGUCGAUACUUCCCCGGAGCACAACUAAAAGAACACGAUGGCUGCCAUUCGUAAGAAGCUGGUCAUAGUGGGUGAUGGAGCCUGUGGAAAGACCUGUUUGCUCAUUGUUUUCAGUAAAGAUCAGUUUCCUGAAGUCUACGUGCCUACAGUCUUUGAGAACUAUGUUGCAGACAUAGAGGUCGAUGGAAAACAGGUGGAGCUUGCCUUGUGGGACACGGCUGGACAGGAGGACUAUGAUCGGUUAAGACCGCUCUCGUACCCCGACACAGAUGUCAUUCUUAUGUGCUUUUCUGUUGACAGUCCUGAUAGCUUGGAGAACAUUCCAGAAAAGUGGACACCAGAGGUGAAGCAUUUCUGUCCAAAUGUUCCCAUCAUCCUCGUUGGUAACAAAAAGGAUCUCCGAAAUGAUGAGCACACACGAAGGGAACUUGCCAAAAUGAAACAGGAGCCUGUGAAGCCAGAGGAGGGGCGAGACAUGGCCAACCGAAUCAAUGCCUUUGGGUAUUUAGAAUGCUCAGCCAAGACCAAAGACGGCGUGAGAGAGGUGUUUGAGAUGGCCACCAGGGCGGCGCUGCAGGCCAGGAAACGGGGCAAAAAGACGGGCUGCCUGCUGUUAUAGAAACCUGUAGAAGAGAGGAUGUCAGUUAACAGCCCAGGAGACUUCAGAGCAGGGAGGGAGGGAGGGAGGGAGGGAUGAUGGGACGAGCCUAGCAUUCAUGUCCUAGUACAGUCAGCGUACCGCACUGAUACUGGGACAUCAUGUCAGACAAACCACAAGAGACCAACGGAAAGACUUCAGGAACAAGAUGGGAACAAGAUGACCUCAUUUCCUGUCAUCACAACGUUGGACUUAAGAGUUUUCUGGUCACAUCAAGCAAAAAAAAAUAAUAAAUGAGAUAAAAUUUCAAAACUGACUAUAUACCUAGGAUAUUUGAUGUUAUUCUUCUCCUCCCACUCUUUAGUCCCAAACUAAAAAGGUCUUUAAUAAGCAUCCUGCCUUCGGCGCCAGUUUCCUGCAUUGGACAGAUUGUAUGUAUGUUUGUAUGUGUAAGAAUAUGAAUGUUUAUGUCAAAUGAGCGCACGUCCGUCUCCAGGUCGCCAUCUCUUCUUUGUAUACGCGUGUAUCUGCCCGGCUUAAAGCACACCCUGAACAUUGAAGUGGGCGGUAUUGUGUUUAAUCUCCCACUUCAGGCUUUUUCCUUUUUUAUAGCUGAUGUCUCAAAGGAUUCUGGGCUGUAUAUUAGGGAUCUAAACCAUUUAGUGAUACUGAUUUAUUUAAAGCAUACAGUUUUUUUUAUUUUUAUUAUUAAUCAUUCGCAUUUAGAAAUAAAAUGUAAAGAAAAUC